CGCCCGAGCCGCAGCGCCGGGCUCGGAGCGGCGGGCGCGCCCAGGUGCGGCCUGCUCCUGCGGCAGGGAGGGAGCUCCGCGGGCGCGGCCUGCCGGGGAGCGGCGCGGGGGCGGCUGGGCUGGGGUGUGGAGCCAGCCCGGCAGGAAGGAAGGAAGGAGAGAAAGCAAGAAAGUGAGCGAGCCGGCGGGGAGGGAGAACUGAAAGUUGAACAAGCUAAAGCCCUGCGCUUCCUUCCUCCGCCCGCCCGUCCCGGUCAGCCGCGGGGUUCUGCGGAGUCUUUAAAAAAAUCACACCAAACUGAAGAAACUUGAAGAGGUGUCGUGAGGAAACGGAUAUUUUCUGCUGACUGGUGGACACCAAAUUUGAGAGUUUUCUUGCUAGUAAACAUGCAUGCAACCUGACUAUUUCUACAUGACUUUGUGGGGCAAUAUAUGGAAUUAAGUCAUGUCAUCUACAGGCAAUGACACUGAUAUUGAAGAAUUUUUGAUCAACAUUAACCUUGCACAGUAUCUUCCUAACUUUAAAAACUAUGGCUAUAACACUGUGAUGGAUUGUGUGGGAAUAAAUAAUAGUGUGCUUCAGCAGAUGGGAGUGUUGCCUACAGGACAUCGCAGAAGGAUUCUUAAACAGUUAGACAGUCUUUUGGAAAUUCCAGGAUAUUCUCUUUUCUGUGAAAAACUAAAAUUCAAAGACUUGAAAGGUUUAGAAGAGAAGCAAUAUUCAUCCUCAGAUCAGGAAUCUCCUGUAAGCAAUUCAAGUGUAGAUGGGACUGGCUUGAUACCUGCAACAUCAUCAGAGCAACUUCUUAAAAAAUCUUACGUCAAUAAGGAAAAGUUUGAGCUUGCAGAGCAAAACUCAAUGGAGGCAAAUGAUGAUAGCUUCACAAGUUUGGAUUUUUCCAGUUUAUACCAGAAUUCAGACAGCAUACUAGAAGCUGUCAGUCAGAGUAGAAAUAUCAAGAUGAAUACUCAGCCAGAUGCAUCACUGGCAGAAGCUGCUGCAUACCAAGCUGAUGAGCACUUGACUGGCCCUUUGGUGUUCCGUGAUCCUCCUUCAUUUGUUCGUUCAUGCGAGACAAAAUGCAAAGAAAACAAACAGCAGAGGUUUCCAGAUGAGGGUGAUCUAUCUGAUAGUAAACCAGAUUCUUCAUUCUAUAAGUUUAAAGGAGAAAUGAUAGACAAUGACUUGUAUGAUUCCUGUACGCUGAACUGCAUGAAAGUAUUUCCAAGGGCAAGCCGAUCUUUUAUCUUAAGGCAUCGACCUGUACCAGAAAUUCCAGAAUCAAGUAAAGUUCAACCUUCAUCAAGUUCCCUUCAGAGAAGAAGAAAUAUGGACCUUGUAAAUAUUUCUUGCACUGGGAGGCAAAUUUCACAAAACAAUAAUUUCAUGGAAGAAAAGCCACCUGUUAUCUCUCCGUAUGGGGAAACCUUUAUUUGUGACAACACUAAAGAUGCUCAAGAACUUCAUGGAAAUGAAUUCCUGGCUUGUGAAAAUAAAUUGGAUCUAGGAAUAAAUGAAGAAUAUUCUUCCAAGAAUCUAUGUUACUUUAAUAAUCAGAAAGACAAGACAAAAGAAUUUUCAAAAAAUGAAUACUUGUCUCAGGAAGACCCAUCAUUAACACCAGAAGAAUCUGAAAGUGAAUCUGUAUAUUCUGUUGUGGAACAACGUUCUUUGUCUUUAAAGAAAAAGAAAGAGAAAACCAAAACAAACUCAGCAUCUUGCAGUGUGAUACAGAGUGGAGAUUCUGAUUGCUUGGCCAGUGAACAAAUGAACUCUUGUCAAUUUGGUGGAGAUCAAACUCUGAUUGGAAAUGAAUCAAUAGCACCAUAUGCUUGCUUUUAUGGACCAUCAGUAAAGAAGGUUAAAGCAGGAUGGCUGGAUAAAUUGUCCCCUCAAGGCAAAUGUAUGUUUCAGAAGCGCUGGGUUAAAUUUGAUGGAGACAGCAUUUCUUAUUACAACAAUGAGAAGGAAGUGUUCUCAAAAGGAAUAAUACUGCUCUCUGCAAUAGCAACAGUAAGAGUUCAUGGGGAGAAUAAGUUUGAAGUUGUCACAUCCCAUAGGACUUUUGUUUUCCGUGUGGAUAAAGAAGAAGAAAGAAAUGACUGGGUUAAUACAAUGCUCAAUGCCUUGAAAUUGCAGUCUGACAAUAACUCUCAGUCUCGAACUUCUGCCACCCCUGAGAAAAGCGGAUAUCUUGACCUGAAAGGAUACAAAACCAAAAUCUUUAUUCUACUUCAGGGGAGUACUGUAUGGAUCUGCAAAAAUGAGCAGGACUUUAAGACAGGAUUUGGUAUCACUUUAAUCCCUAUGAAUGUGGCAAAUGUAAAACAAGUGGAUCGGGCUGCAAAGCAAUCUUUUGAAAUAAUUACUCCUUAUAAAAGCUUUAGCUUUACAGCAGAGUCAGAAAGAGAGAAACAAGACUGGAUUGAAGCACUCCAGCAAUCAAUAGCAGAAACUCUAUCUGAUUAUGAAGUAGCUGAGAAGAUUUGGUUCAAUGAGUCCAACAGGAUCUGCGCUGACUGUAAAGCUCCCGGUCCUGACUGGGCAUCCAUCAAUCUCUGUGUUGUCAUUUGUAAGAAGUGUGCAGGACAGCACAGAUCUUUAGGACCAAGAGAUUCAAAAGUCCGGAGUCUAAAAAUGGAUGCCAGCAUUUGGAGCAAUGAACUUAUUGAGCUGUUUAUUGUCAUUGGAAAUAAGAGGGCAAACAGUUUUUGGGCUGGAAAUCUUCCUCCAGAUGAAGAAUUGCACAUUGAUGACCCUGCAGAAAAAAGGAUAGCAUUCAUUACACAAAAAUAUAAGGAGGGAAAAUUCAGGAAAACACCUUUUCACUACAAAACCAAGGAACAGCUGAAUAAGGCCCUGUGUGCUGCUGUAGUCAAGCAAGAUGUGCUGGAAACUCUGAUGUUGCUGUUCAGUGGGGCUGAUGCUAUGUGUGCCACUGGAGACCCUGUUUACAGCACCCCAUACUUACUAGCCAAGAAAGCUGGGCAAAGGCUGCAAAUGGAAUUCCUGUACCAUAACAAGUUCUCAGAUUUCCCAAACUAUGAUCCUUGUUUUGGAAGUGGCUUCUCUGAAGAUUCUACACAUUCCACCUUUCUUUGUGAAUUUUUGUACAAAGUUUCUUCUAAUGCAGCUAAGCUUCCUACAGAGAAGAAAUUAAAAGAAGAUUGCAACAAAAGAUGGUGCACUUUGGAAAGUGGCUUUCUGAGCUACUAUGAAAAUGAUAAAACUACUACUCCUAAUGGUAUGAUUGACAUCAAUGAAGUUAUCUGUCUUGUAGUACACAAGUCAGACUUCUUUUUAAAUAGAGGGGACAUCUUUACAUUUGAAAUAUACUUAAUGUCAGAACGUGUUUUUCUAUUUGGAGCUGAAACGGCAUAUUCACAAAGAAAAUGGACUUCAGCAAUAGCUAAGCAUUUUGUUCCCCCGGUGGCUGAAUCACUGUUAGAGCGAGACUGUGACCUUAUUGGGCAGCUGUACUACAAAGAUUGCCAUAACCUGGAUCAGUGGAGGAAAGGCUGGUUUGCUAUAGAGAAGUCGAGCCUUUACUUUUGUCUUGAAGUGGAGGACGUUGAAGAAGAUUCCAUAUAUCUAAGGAGGCUGCAAGAACUAACAACCAGUAGUGUGAUGCAAAAUGGAGAGAGAAUAGAUGUCCUGCUGCUUGUUGAAAAAGGAAGAACACUAUACAUCCAUGGCCACACAAAGCUAGAUUUCAUGGUCUGGUAUACUGCAAUUGAAAAAGCAGCAGGUACAGAUGGUAAUGCAUUACAAGAUCAGCAGCUCAGCAAAAAUGAUGUUCCUAUUAUAGUGAACAGCUGCAUAGCGUUUGUUACACAGUAUGGUUUAGGUAGCAAGCAAAUCUAUCUUAAGAAUGGUGAUUCUUCCAAUGCGGCUGAACUGCUGGAAAGCUUCAAAAAGGAUGCAAGAAGUGUUAAACUAAGAGCAGGAAAACAUCAACUUGAAGAUGUGACUGAUGUACUGAAAAGUUUUCUUUCUCAAAUAGAUGAUGCACUUCUCACUAAAGAACUUUAUCCAUUCUGGAUCUCUGCAUUAGAUACGCAGAAUGAAAAGGAACGCGUGAGGAAGUACAGAGCUUUUAUUCGGAGUCUUCCACCAGUCAAUAGAGCAACUUUGGCUGCUUUAAUUGAACAUCUUUACAGGGUGCAGAAGUGUUCUGAAAUUAAUCAAAUGAACCCUCACAAUUUAGCCGUGGUUUUUUCCUCAUGCUUAUUUCAAACUCAAGGCCAAACUAGUGAAGAAAUCAAUGUAAUUGAAGAUCUAAUUAAAAAUUAUGUGCAACUUUUUCAUAUAAAUGAAGACCAAGUCAAACAAAUGGACAUAGAGAACAGUUUUAUUACAAGGUGGAAAGACACUCAGGUUUCCCAGGCUGGAGAUUUGCUUAUUGAAGUUUAUGUGGAAAGAAAGGAGCCAGACUGUAGUAUUAUAAUCAGGGUAUCACCUUUGAUGGAAGCAGAGGAAUUAACUAAUGAUGUUUUAGGAAUCAAAAACAUUAUUCCCAGCAAAGAUGAUGUCUGGACUGCUUUUGAAGUACUUGAAAAUGGAGAAUUAGAACGUCCUCUGCAUUAUACAGAGAAUGUACUAGAACAAGUUCUUCACUGGAGUUCACUACCAGAGCCUGGCACUGCAUAUCUAAUAAUAAAGAGAUUUCUAACAGUAGACAUGGUGAAUCUCUACAGUGAGAAAAAUGAGAAAGGUAGUGUGAAAGCAGGCAAUCUGAAGUACAAGGAAGAACCUUCAAAACUACUGUCUGGAAACAAAUUUCAGGACCGUUACUUUGUGUUGCGGGAAGGAAACUUGCUUCUGUAUAAGGAUAUGAAGGCUAACAAACCUGAAAAAGUGUUGCCUGUCAAUUCUCUGAAGCUUUAUCUUGGAGUGAAAAAGAAAAUGAAGCCACCAACAAACUGGGGACUUGCAGUAUUUUCUGAAAAACAUCAGUGGUAUAUAUGUUGUGAUGGACAAGAUGUGCAGAUGGAGUGGAUGAUCAGCAUUUUUAUGGCACAGCAUGCAGAUAUAUGGCCACCUGUUGGAAAAGCAAGAAAACAGUCCAUAACUAAAAGUCCAAAGAUCAGAGGCUUACCACUAAUUCCAAUUCAUCAGGAGAAGAACACUUACAAAAUCAAAGGGAAUACAGAAAAUAUAGUACUACAGACUGGAAAAUCAAGAUUUGCUGAACAUCAUGAUAAUGAACUUCUGGAAGAAAGAAAAAACUUGAAAGAGAAAGCAUCUAUUGUGGCACAAUGUUUGGAAAGAAAGGAGGAGAAAUUCCGAAAUCAUGCCAAAAAACAUCGAAACUUGAUUUCUGAGGAUGAUGCUGGCUCAGGGAUGACUGAAUUACAUCAAAAAUCACAUAAGACACUGAAGAAAAACAAAAGCAAAGCAAGCAAAACUACUUUGGAACUAGAUAGUAAAUUGCCAUCAAAUGUGAUUCAGGAACUAAAUACAGUACUGCAGAAGAACAGAGCACUUCAUGAAACCUCCAGCUGAUUUCCUGAGCCUGAAGUGUAAUACUUAUAUAUAUAUAUUCUUGUGUUUUAUAAAUAUAUAUAUAUAUAUAUAUGUAUGUAUUUUCUAUUCAAAAGUAGUCUGUUUUGAUGUGUGUAGUUUGUACAGUGCAGAGGAAAUAAGGAACUAUAGUUUGUUUAUAUGCAGCUAUUGCUUUUGUAUAUGUGUAUGCCCCAUGUUAUAAUUUAAGACUGAACUGGGAAAACUGAUUAUGUGAAACUCCUGCAGAUUUGAAGUUUUUCUGUGCAGUGCAAGGACACCAGGAUUUUGUCUAUUUUGUUGUUGUUGUUUGUUUCAGAUUUUGUUUAAUACAAGGAUUCUAAGAACUGUCAAAAACUUUUGCUUUGAUUAUACUCUGUACCACCUUGUAAAUACUGGAGCGAUAUUUUUAAAGGACAAGAUAUACUCUGAAAUUCAUACUAUUGGCCUGCAAUAUUUUUAAUUGUCUAACACUAUAAAAAUUAGUAAUAUCUGAUUUGAAAUUGAUUUUUUGUUGUUUUUGUUUGUAUGCUUUUAUUUAAGGAGAUAAUUAGUAUUUGCAUAGAAUUGUCCUCUGACAUGGCUUCAUAUGAAAGACUCAAAAGGGAGAGAAAUAUAUAGAUGAGACAAUGUAUUAAUUCUUGUCUUGAAACUGUGUCUCUAGGGUGUACAUCUGAUUAUGACAUCUAAGUAAUGAGACUAUUGAGGAAGACAAAAGAAAGUUCUUCAAAGCAACAUCUAAUGGGUAUGUGAAUUAGAAGAAUAGCCCAGCUCAGUGGGCUGAAGUACUUUUCUAAACAGGCCUUGCUCAGCUCAGGGUGACAAAGGCAGGCUUUUCUAUUGCUCUUUGGAUAGAACUUGCUUGGUGCUAACACAGUUGCUGACCUCCCAUGAAUAUUUAUAUUUAAAUGAGAAAUUAAUUCCUUUAAGAAGAAGUGGUCCCCAUGCAAACAAAUGAGAACAGUACCAACACUCUAUUAUGAAGUGCCAAAUCCUAAAUGGGGGAAGAGAGAGAUUUACCCCUCUCUUUACCAUGAGAGCAAAAGUAAAUAGUAUUCUAUCUGCAGGGACUAGGAAAUGCUUGCCCUACCACUUUACCACUGCUCUUCUGAGUAUGAGGUCUGGUCCCAGGGUUGAGAGAAUAGCCUCACUUGCUGCCUUCUGAGUAUGUAGGUGACAGUUCCUGAAGGUAGUGAUGUAGCACAGUACAGCUGCUUUGAUUUUUAGGCCCAGAGUUCCUUAUAUAUAAAACUCAGCGUGGCUUUUCAAAGCAAAACCUGUUCAAGGAAUGAAAUAAUUUUCAGUUGUUUUAUAGGUUUUAUCUUCACUUAUCCCUUGGCAUUGCUGCUUUUACUUUGUUCCAUAACAGCUGGAUGGCAAAAGGCACUGCUGUGCUGAGGCUGUUUCCAGGUGUUGUAGAUGCUGUCUGGGUAAGCAGCAGGACCAACAGACCAGAGCACUAAUGAGCUCACAAGGCACCUUUGCUUCAAGGGAGGCAUUAAUAAGAGCAUCUGCUUGUUUUUGCUGCUGUCCCUUUUGUGGUCUGGCUAGUCACACUGCCACAGAUUUUCACCAGUUUUUUAAGAACUUACUGAUGCCUUUAGUGUUUGAUUGGAAUUGGCCAGAUCUCUUGGAGUAGGAGAGAGGAAGCACAGAAGCAGUAUGCUCACUUAUUCCCUCUUCUAUUUUUGGUAGUCACAGGUGCUGUAACAUUUCUCACAUCAUUUACUUCUAUUCUUGAUUACAUGGAGCAGCUUAAUUGGAAAAAUAAUUUGUUUGAUUGAAGAAAUUAGAUGAGUGACUCAAUGUAUCUGGCAGCUCUGCUAGGAAGCACAGAGAAAAUGAGAUCAAACUCAAGUAUUUUAUAGUAGUAUUCUGGAGUGUAGCACUGACAAAGAAAGUCUAGUCUUUCAGAAUUUGCACGUACCUUAUUUGACCAGUUGUUAAAACUGAAACAAGUUUGUAGAUUUUAAUUUUCCCAGUGCACUAUUGACUGUUUUGCUGCCUUUGCAAUCGAGCCUCUUCUAAUCAUUGAGGCCCUAUCUCAAGAAAGCAUAUCAGCCUAAACUAAAAUUGUAUUGAUUAAAGCUGGUGCUUAAUGUUAAUAAACACAUUCUUAAAUGCUGAUUUGAAUUGGGCCCUAAUGCCAGCAGGAGAAAUUGCUUUCUUUUCUGUCAGGCUGAACUUGAAUGUACUAUUUACAGUUGUACUUUUAUUUGCAGAUAUUUCUCAGUAUUGAGUUAUGGUUCUUAUAUUGUUUAACUUUUUAUUGGGACCUUAAGAAUGACAUUCACUUCACUGCUGAAAGCCUCAUGCAUCAUUUAAGCCACUGACUAAUGGAAUAAAUGGACCAGUGGAAGGGUUUUGUGCAUUGAAGUGAAUAUAUCCAUGAAGAAAAUAGUUUGUGUAUUUUUAUUGGUUCCAAGGAAUACAGAAAUACUUGUUCUAUUUCAAAACCAUGUCACAGGUAAAAUAUCUGUUUAACUGCUGCUAACAGGCCAUAAAAAUCAAGAUGUUUAAUGAAAUGUGUUUAAAUUUGGCAUUGUAUGUAUACAUAUGCAAACACAUAUGUGUGCACAAAUUUAUGUGCACAUUCACAGAGGCACACUGAAUGGUUACAGUGUUAACACAAGUAAAAAUUAUUUGGGAUAGUAGAAAUUAAAUUUGCAAUUAAUUAUUUUAAAUAGGUAUCAAAGUUUUGAGCUAAACAUCCAACACGUUAUUGUUGCACUACACGUUUCAGAUUGAUCUAAGACCUGCAGAAUAAAUGUGGUUUGUUGCAAUAUCUUAAUGGCUGCUGAUCUUUUGUUGUUCCUGUGCCAUAUUGAGGACUGGUAAAGUGUAACUUUUAGAGAAUUGUAAUUGAAUAAAUGCUAUUUGUCAUGAUUAGGUGAUGGAUUUUUUCAGAAAAAAAAUCAGUAAGAAUGUUAAAAAAAAUACAUUUGUGUCUGCCCAUAUGAAAGCUUUUGAAU